GAGAGGGACACACGAGAGAGAGACAGAGAGACACGGGGAAAGAGAGACACGGGGAGAGGGACAAAGAGACACGGGGAGAGGGACACACGGGGAGAGAGAGACACGGGGAGAGAGACACGCCGAUUAAUUUGGGCGUCGAAUUUGGGGCCUCCCUGGCCCUUCCCUCCUAUCCCAGACGGGUCCGUGAGAAAGAAUCAAACAAGAAAUCAGGAGGACACGAUGGCUUCACACCUUGAAUUACCGCUCGUCAAGCAAGAAUAUGAAGAACGUCCAAAACCUGGGCCGUGUCGUGACUUCACGGCGAUACGUGCCGAUGCCGCUGAAGAAGCCAGCGAGAGCCCGCAGGGGCUGGGGGAUUCCCGUGGAUGUGUAUCCACUCCGGAGCAAAAGCUGAUCAAGGUGGAGAUGUGGGCAGAAGAUGUGAAACAGUUCAUCGAGGUGGAGUUGCUCGAGGAGGACAAUGGUCAAGACGAGGAAGUGGAACUCCUGUGCGAGGAGUGCGCGAAGGACUUUGGCGCGUGCCUACAGACGAGCGUGGGCGAGGUGGAUCGCGCCUCCUGCCGGACCCAGCGAGCCUGCGCCAAGUGCGGCAAGAUGCUCGACAGCGCCACGUGGUGCGUCAAUAUUCGGCGUAGGAGGAGGAGCAGGAUGGCGACAAGCGCCGGAGAGGAGAGAUGCCUGCAAACGACGCCCCCCAGGAAGGCGCCCAACCCGGACGACAAGUUGUCGGGAGGUCGUGACGCGACGGGCGCCAACGACGAGAGAAAGCACGCGUGUCUGGAGUGCGGCAAGGGCUUCUCGCAUCAGUACGGGUUAAACCGGCACCUCAGGACGCACACCGGCGAGAAGCCGCACACCUGCGCCGAGUGCGGGAAGGGGUUCGCAGAGCCCUCCGACCUGAAGAAGCACUCGAUAAUGCACACGGGCGAGGCGCCGCACGUGUGCCGGGAGUGCGGCAAGGGCUUCUCGCGGCGUUCCAAUCUGGAGGCGCACUCGCGGACGCACACGGGCGAGAGGCCGCACGAGUGCCCGCAGUGCGGCAAGCGCUUCUCGCACCGCUUCCACCUGGAGACGCACUCGCGGACGCACACCGGCGAGAGGCCGCACGAGUGCCGUCAGUGCGGCAAGCGCUUCUCGCACCGCUUCCACCUGGAGACGCACUCGCGGACGCACACCGGCGAGAGGCCGUACGCGUGCCGGGACUGCGGCAAGGGCUUCUCGCAGAGCUCGCACCUGAAGAUGCACUCGCUGACGCACACGGGCGAGAAGCCGCACGUGUGCAAGGAGUGCGGCAGCGGCUUUUCGCAGCGCUCCGAUCUCAAGAAGCACUCGAUAACGCACACGGGCGAGAAGCCACACGUGUGCCACGAGUGCGGGCGGGGAUUUUCACUCCCAUGCAACUUGAAGAAGCACGUGCUCACGCACACCGGCGAGAAGCCACACGUGUGCAAAGAUUGCGGGAGGGCCUUUGCAAUCCCCUCCCACUUGAAGAAGCACUCGAAGGUGCACGCCGGCGAGGAGCAGUACAUGUGCCAGGAUUGCGGAAAGGGGUUUUUACAGAUCGAUGCUCUGAAGAAGCAUUUCUUUAGCAUGCACAUCGGCGAGUGAGGAAAGCCCUCGACGUCCAUGUAGUUUGCCUUUUUUUUUGGGUGUAACGCAGCGGCGAAAGUUUUUUUUUUAUCAUCGAUUUUCAAAUCAGUUUUAUUGUCGGCAGUUUUUUGUACCCCCCCCCCCCCCUUUCCGUUGUUUGUUCAUCUUGGAAUUUCAACAUGUUUUUUUUAUCGAACAAGUUGACGUUGAUUGUGGUUGAAUAAAGUUCACGAAAGGAUCACGUAAAUAGAAAUGUUGUUAAACCCGCCACCACCCGACCACAGCCAAUCGGUGAGGUUUGUCGCGUAAGCAAAACUUGCCAGUUCGUUACUGCUUCAGCACUAACCGGUUGUGUGUUGGAGAGUAAACCCACAACAUUUACAAUUCGAGUAUCGUGAGGUUUCACCGGCGAUUACAACAACCAGCCUCGUCAGGCGAUUUGCCAGAAUAGAAUUACGUAGUCUAAUCCAAACAAAAACAACCUUUAUUAUGAAUAAUAUUGGUCGGGAAAGCCUCCUACUACUACUGCGUGAUAAACAUCAAAGUGGUGGCAUGUACGCUUGUAAUUCAGUACUGGAGGCGAGGGUUGGUGAAUCUCCCAAAUGCUGUGAAACUCCCCCCUGUGCACAUUGAGUAGGAUCCAUACAGAAUCAGUAUAUUUAUUCUGGAGGAAUCCGAUGAGCUAUAAAGCUCUUGUUCACAGAUGCCCAGUAGGGGCACGGAGUAAGAACGUUAGAACAACAAACAGUACAAAAACAUGAUAGGAGUACAAGACAGAUAAACAAAUCACCCAAACACAUACAAAUAAGUAAUAUUUAAAAGUACUUUUUUUAAACACGCUUUAAUUAAAUGUACCGUACGUAAUGGCAGAACUCCACGACUCCUGGAAGUGGCCCCGAGGCUUGCCAUAACGUAAGGGGCUGUGGUGAUUUACAGGCAACUUGAGUUGACCGUAGACAAUUAGACCCAAGCCGAAACAUAAAAAAAAAUGAUUAAAAAUAUUUAUUUUUAAUGAUAGAAUAUAGUAUUGUCAUCAGUAUGACAUAAGUAUACCAAGUUUGCAGUCGAUGCCACAUUGGGAAGUGGGUUAAAAUUGAGUUACAAGAUUUGAGGAUACGACAACAACAACAGAGAGUGAGUUAAAAAAAAGCAUGUAAUAAAACUAAACCAUCCCCAUCCUACCACUGAGGUAUUAACUUAUUUUUCAUAAGCGACCUGGCCACAAAUUAUAGCUCAACAAAGUGGCCAUGCAUUUGGACAUUUAUAGCAUCAAAAUAAUCUAAAUCAUCUCAAGGCAUGUUUCUAAAUAUGGAGGGAAAAACCAGAGGACCCUGGCUCGCGAGAAGGUGGUACAAUGUAACGUGUGUGGACCCUGCCUCUUACGUCUGUAUGAGGAAUAGAGAUGUUUCCCCUUCGCACGCGUGAGUGUUCUCCGAGUUCUCCGAUCUCCUUCCACACCCAAGAACUCGUAAACCCCUUCCUGUUCUGAUGACGUACGUGUAUGUCGUCAAAACUAAAACAGAAGAAAAACUAAAAUAACUUAUCGGUACCGAGACUCCCACAAGGCCAUGCGGGAGGGCGUGUGGCACCAAUUUGGUGCCAACUAUUGUAGUGCGGUGGUCAUGUCACUACGGUUCUCUGCGGUGAGUAGAUUGGAUUCCACGGUGGUGAGAUGUUAACCACCUCGCCUGGUAUACAGGAGAUCGUGGGUUCAAUCCCGACCCUGCCGCCUGCUGUGAUAUUUGGAGAUUGCAUGUUCUCCCCGAGGUCGCAUGGAUUUUUUCCAGGGUCUUCCGGUUUUUCCCUCCACAUUUAGAAUCAACAUGCGUUUAGAGUAUUUAGCUGCUGUAAAUUUCCACAUGAUAGGCCACUUUAUUGAACUAUCAUUUGUGGCCACGUCGCGUCUGAAAAUAGAGCUAUAUUGCUCGGUGAACCUUACCUGGUAUGAAAUAAAAAAUAGUUUAGCAUUUAGUUGAUGCUUUUUAAAAACAAUGGCGCCUCACUUCUACGUCUCUUUAAACGCUGAGCUUCUCGCGCGUUCCGAGACUCGGGGGCAAACGGGGACGGCCCCCCCCAACACACCCUGCAACUUGCAGACGUAUCGGAACAAUGAAAGGGUUAAUUGGCCGAUGAACACCUUAACAUGUAGAGGACCACACGGCUUGGGCAAUUUCUUGGCACCGGCUCACCGCGUGGCCUCUCCCUCCCUGCUCGUCCGCGGUUCCUCUCCGCGCCUCUUUGAGUCGCUCACCGUCGGAACAAGAGGGCGAACGCCCCAUGGAGAAAUUAGCGAAUUCAAAUUAAUAUAGGGUUUUUAAAACCUCAUCGCCACGCCGACGUUUUCCGUCGACGAACUAACGGGAAGGAGUUCCAGGCAGCGGCAGUAUUUGGAGGUAUUUUUUGAUAACCGGCGCGUUGAUCCGAUGGGUUUUCGGCUGCGGUUCGGGUGCACCGAAAUAAAAUUUUUAACCAUUCACUGGUUUAAACGACUCGAAAUUAGUUUUAAAGGUUCGGAUGUGGACAACCGUUGCGGAAAACGGUUUGAACCGGUUCUAAUUUGCAUAUUUUCUCAAAAUUAUAAAAAUAAAGACCUGCCAUGUAGCUUACAUUGCAGGAUUAUACAUAUGAAGUACCGGUGAGGACGCUUGACACCGAGGUUGAGGCACACGUAUAUUUAUUUCACAAUACGACAGUGGGCAUAUAACACUCGAGGGGGUAUCGGCCCCCUCACCCGUAUAACUCGGGAUACACCCCUAGCUAACUCUGUCCUAGCCCCGAGUCCUCCACUGAUGGGCUAGGGGAGGCUAUCUGGCCCGACACUGGUAAGUCGGGCCCGGUACCCGGAGUUCCAGACCAGCUCUUACAAGAGCACCGGCUCUGGCUUUCGAGGCCACGCCGCUGGCUCAGUCCUGUCCGGCCCUGAAAAGGACAUCGAACUAGGGGAGUCCAGGGCUCUAUCUAAGACGUCUUCAGUCUUCUUCCUUUAGCUUAAAACAUAACUCCCGAGCCCUUUGAAACAUCCCCUUUUAUACCCAACCCCUCCCUGAGGGGUGGGGCCCCGGGGGAUCAUAACGUUCGAACCAGCCCCCCCCCAGGGUGUCUGGCUCGGACGUCGUAGAGGGCACCUCCUCGUGCACCUACGU